AUGGCAACUCCCUCCGCAUCGCCGAAAUGGACCGACAACGUUUCCUCAAUAGCAGCUCGCAUCUUGUUCCUUCUCAUCAUCUUUCAGAUCCCUCUUUUCAGGGUGAGUUGCAGAUCUGGCAUGUGUACAAACCCUUUGCAUGUGACGUCGUCGCAGUUAAUUGCAAGUGAGAUCUUUCCUGUUGUUGUUGUGAAGGGCCUCUUGUACCCAGGGGCUGCAGUGAACGGCCUCCUGCACAACAUGACUGUUCCAAGUUGGGAUAGUUUGUUGGACUUGUAUAAUUUGACCAGUGUGAAGGAAGCUUCUGCAGUAACUGAUCUUCAGCGAUUGGAGGUUCUUGCAGGAAGCUACUUUUCAGUGGCAGGAGCACUUUUGGGUGUUCUGAAACCCGGAAGAAUGAGCAUGUUUGGGAACCUUCUUAUAAUUUGGGGACUGGUCAAAGAAGGGAUUUUAGGAAAACCUGUAAAUUCUGAUCCUUCAAAAGCUGUGUACGUCUACCCAACAAUGGUGAUCGCUGUGAUAUGUGCUUUCUCGUCCGUGAAGUAUGAUGUGAAGAAGGCUGUUAGGUCAGCCCCUGUUAGGUCCUCUGCUAGACCACUUCAGAGCUCAUCCAAGUCUAAGCUAAAAUAG